AUCCCAAAUGUGCAGCCGGGGGAUAUGGAAGUGGAUAUAGGCAUGGAAUCGGCCGGAGCGUCCGCUCAGUUGCUCGCCAAUCGCCGCGGCUAACGGAUGGCGAUCUCAUCAGCCUCAUCGUCGUUGUCCAACUACUUGAUGGCGGUAUUUGCCCAGGAUAGCAAUAGUAGUGGCAGUGCCAGUGCCAGCGGAAGUGGAGCAGCCGCCGAUUCGGAGGACUCCCAAAUUGGUCAGGAGGCCCUUCCUGGUGGGCAGGAAAAUCAGGGGCAUCACAGGAGGCGACCGCCGCGCCAGAAGAUCAAUGCAAGGGAGCGCUACAGGACUUUUAAUGUUAAUUCCGCCUACGAAGCAUUGAGAAAUUUAAUACCCACGGAGCCCAUGAAUCGCAAGCUUUCAAAGAUCGAGAUUAUCCGCCUGGCCAGCAGCUAUAUAACGCACCUCAGUAGCACCCUGGAAACAGGAACUGAAUGCCAGCCGUGCUUGCUGCACAAGUACGAGAGCGAAGGAAUAACUAGACGUAUCAGCAUCUGCACUUUCUGCCUGAAAACCAAGUGAAACUAUUAAUUAACUGCAUAUAUUUAGGAAUU